AGGCUUAAGCAAGACCUGAAGAGCCUCCGUUCGUUUGCUCUUGAACUUUCAAAAGACUUUCAGCGUCAAAGCAAGACUUACCUUUACCAAGUUUUGACAGCAGUCCAAGGGAUACAGCUGCAAAAUGAAGCAAUGCAAAUGUUUCAGAUAAAAGCUUUCGAUCUUGAACAGUCCCUACAAGAGGUGACAGAGAGAUAUGAGAAAGAAAAGCAAAAGAGGAGAGCUCUGCAUAACAGCUUAGUUGAACUGAGAGGAAAUAUCAGAGUCCACUGCAGGAUCCGACCAUUACUGCCUUUUGAUGCUGCUGCUGGGUGUUCGAUAUCUCAAGAUAGGCAAAGAACCUUUUCAGAAAAAGUGGCAUAUGCAGCUGAUGAUGAAACUGUCCUUGUAAAGUGUAGCCGUCCUGGUCAUGCACCAAUAAACAAGACUUUUCAGUUUGAGAGAGUUUACAGUGCUUCGGAGUCUCAAGACACAGUAUUUGCAGAUGUGGCCCCUUUGCUAACAUCUCUCCUGGAUGGGUACAAUGUGUGUAUCAUGGCUUAUGGGCAAACUGGAAGUGGGAAGACAUACACAAUGUUGGGACCACAGUUAGAGGAGAACUUUGCAUUCUCCACAGAAGAUGAAUCAGAACUUGGAAUUAUUCCUCGAGCUACCCAAGAAGUGUUCAGGCUUAUUUCAGAAAAGCCACCAGGAAGUUACUGGGUUGAGGUUUCUGUUGUCGAAGUGUAUAAUAAUGACAUUUUUGAUCUUCUGGCCAAAGACAGUUGUGGAAAAGUAUUUGGCGUCAAACGUGACGUUGUCACAACCAGAGAAGGAAAGAGCGAUGUUCCAUUGCUUACGCAUGAGACUGUUGAAAAUGCAUCUGAAUUUUUGCAUCUAGUCAACAAAGGCCUACAGCUGAGAGUCAGGCACCCAACACUGGUGCAUGCUCAUUCCUCUCGUUCUCAUCUGGUAGUUACACUGACCAUAACCACAAUUGUCUCUGGAGAUAACUUUGGUACUUCAUGGGAAGAUGAACAAACCAGUCAGAGACUAAAUAAAGAGGUUUCCUGCACCUUUCCACAAAAAAUGAGAGACAAUAAAUCCACCUCUUCUUCCAGAGCAUCUUCACCAACACAGCUUGAAGCCACUGAGAAACUGAAACAAGUCAAAACUAGAUUGCAGCUGGUGGAUCUGGCUGGCAGCGAGUGUGUCGGUAUGUCUGGAGUGACAGGUGCAGCACUGAGAGAGACGUCAUUUAUUAACCGCAGCUUGUCUGCCCUAGCAGAUGUUCUUGGAGCAAUAGCAGAACAGCGAUCUCACGUACCAUAUCGAAACAGCAAACUUACACAUUUGCUUCAGGACUCUGUAGGAGGUGAUGCUAAACUGCUGGUGAUGCUGUGUAUCUCUCCUGACCAGAAGUACUUAACAGAAUCAAUGCAGUCUCUGGGAUUUGGAACUCGUGCUCGGCAAGUUCAGAGAGGACAAGUCAAGAAAAAAAAUUUCCCAGUGCCAAGUAAAGCAAAAUAA